GUGACGGCGGCGACCCCGCCCCUCAGGCCGCUCCUCCCUCUCGGGAAAGGGGCACUGAGCGUCGGCUCCCUGCGCGCGCGCCCCGCCAUGGGGACCGAGCUCGGGCAGGCGGGGGGAGGGGCCGCUGUCACGACGCUGAGUGAUCUAGCGGAUGUCUGAAAGUUGACUUGAGCAUAAGCAGUGAGAUGUUUUGCCAUUUGGGGGCUGUGAGGAGGUUGUGUCUGGAGAAAAUAUUGCUACAAUGGGUUCUUCAGGCAAGACCUUUGUCAGGGGCUGAAGCCGUCAAUGCUCUCAGACCUUUCUAUUUUGCUGUGCAUCCAGAUUUCUUUGGCCAGCAUCCCAGAGAAAGGGAAAUCAAUGAAAACUCUCUUAAGAGGUUAAAUGGCUAUUUGGAGAAUCUCCAGAAACCAGGAUUUAAAUCUUUUAAGCCAACUCAACUCACUUUUUAUGUGAGAGAGAGAGAACAAAACUCUUCUGAUGUCCAAGAAUCCUUCAGUGCUGCAGUGCCUUAUCUAAUACCCAUUGAUGUCCAUUGGCAUUGGAUCAGGCCCUUAAAGGCUAUCCCAGGUUUUCGAGCCGUCAGUUUUACUUUGCACACCAGGGACUUACUAAGCACAGUAUUGGACAUUCUCAACUCCUGCAGCUUAUCUACUGAGCAUGUCCAAAGUGUGAACUCUCAGCCUCAUAAAGAAGUAAAAGGGACGUUUUACAGGCCUAUCAAAUGGGACAAGACUUACUACUCGUUUACUGGAUUCAAGGAUCCUGAGGAAGAACUAGAACAAGCCCAGAGGGUGGAAAUUACUCUAAUCUCCUGGUUAGAUAAUAGUGAAAAAAGUGCAAUAAAGAAGCUGAGAAAGAGCUUACCACUUAGGGAAGAACUAAACCGUUUAAAAGAUGAACUCACUCAUCAGCUACAGCUCUCUGAUAUCAGGUGGCAAAGAAGCUGGGGUAUUGCCCAUCGUUGUAGCCAGCUACACAGUCUAGGUCGUUUAGCUCAGCAGAGCCCAGAAGUACUGAGGAACGUUAAAGGACACACAGUAGUAUUCACGGACUGUUCAGGUAUGAGUGCAACAGGCCAUGUCAUGCUAGGCACAAUGGAUGUUCACCAUCACUGGAUCAAAAUUUUUGAAAGAUUGCCUAGCUAUUAUAAACUUCAAAAGAAGAUGCUGCUUUUGGAGGACCGUAUAAGUCAUCUUCUAGGAGGCAUACAAAUAACAUACAUUGAAGAGCUGCAGCCACUGUUAACUCUUGAAGAGUAUUACACCAGUCUUGAUGCUUUCUAUAAUAGAUUGCUUAACAGUAAACUAUCUUUUCAUCCUCGUAGUCUGCGUGGCUUGCAAAUGAUUCUAGAAAGUGAUAGGUAUGCUCCAAACUUGCAUGAACUUGGGCAUUUUAACAUCCCAACAAUGUGUGAUCUAGCAACCCUUCAGUGGUUUAUUAUUACCAAAGCACAGCAAGCAAGAGAGAAUCUGAAAAGAAAGGAAGAGUUGACAGUGAUGGAAAAAGAGCUAAUCAGUGCUUCCACUGAAAAAUUUUCUCUGAAACAGCUGUUGCAGCCCAGGAUUACGAGGGCUCACCAGGCCUGAACAGAUCAGGGAGCCUGUCUCUCCUGUGCUCUCAAUGUCACCCUUAUCUGAAGUCCACACCAAGGCAGUAUGGAGGAUGUAGCCAGUUGAUUUGAAGGUAGAGGGAACAAAAGCUGGACCUGAGCAGAGAGAAAGGAGUAGAUUGGGACAAGGAGUCUUCUGAAAGUGUGACUGGAAUGGGGAAGUAACUAACUAGAAGCUGAUUGGUAGUGAGAGACUGGGCAAGAAGGAGACUGGGACUGGGAACCAGUUUGCUGGGAGGGGAAGAUAUUGAGAUCAGAUGAGGAACUAAGAUGAGGCAGGGACUAGGAACCAAUGUGGCAGGCACUUGGGAGGAGAGACAUCUGUCAAGGAGUUGGCUAUAGGGGAGAACUGGGACUGGCUGGGUGAAGACACCGAGACAAGGAGUCUAGGUGGGAAACGGGGACCGAGAUUGGAUGAGGAGCCCAAGAAGGGAGAUUGAAACUAGGAGCUAGUGUGGAGAGGGGUCAGACCAAUCAAAAGCCAGGUGCGGAGAGACUGGACCUGGCUGGGCAAGGCGUUGGGGUAGGGAGUGGGGAACUGUGACUAGCUAGGCGAGGAGAUGGGGACUGGGUGGGGGGAGGGAAAGAGAUGGGGAGCCAGGCAGCAGAGGGGAUGGGGACAGCAUGCCCAGGGGGAAAGACAGAUUGGCUGGACAAGGAGACUGAGAUGUGAAGACUAAGGAAUGGACGCUGGGAGUGGCCAGGUGAGGAGAAUGGGACUGACACAAGGAGCCAGGGCUGAGGCAGAGAGAGGACUGGGACAAGUUAAAGGGAAAGGGAUGGGACAGAAGGGGUCAGGCUUGUGGGAAAUGGGAAGGAGUGUCUGUGCCCACUGGAGCUUGGGUUCUAUUCCAGAAUCCCCAUUCAGAGUCUAGAAUAGAACCCAAGAAUGCAGAGUCUCGCCAUUCCUUUGCUGUCAGCAAACAUCUGUGAAACCCUUGUCAUAGUGUGUCCCAUCCCCCACUAGUACUGGUCCACGUAGAGGAUGACAGCCUACUCCUGCUAUCAGUUACUCUAUUGGCUCAAAUGAGAGAGGUCCGUAUGGUGAAUCUAAAGGUUUCAACCCAGUUGGUGACCCAUGUGGGUGUCAAUAUGAUGUCACAUUGUGGAAUUUGUUUUUUCAGUUUCUUUUAAAAACAACUAGGAAAUAACACACAAACUAUGUUCAAAAUUCAGUAUUAAGGUUGCAGAAUUAAGCACGCAAAAGUUAGGAAAUACCAGAAUGUAGAUUGCCUAACUCAACCCUCAGCAUUCUUCACGUCUGUUUUUUGUGUAGAAUGAGAAAAAAGGGUGGUGAUCAAUAACUACUAUUAAUCAUAAUAAAAAUCCAAAGCCAGUUCUAUUUUUGAGUAUUCAUUGAUUUCACAUUUAAUAAUCAGAUUGGCUGAGACUUGAGACUUUUCUUCUCUCUUGUUUAGAAAUUUUGACUAUUUAAUCAAAUAUUUGUAGAAAAGGUGGGUAACAAUUCUUGAAUCUCAACCAGUGAUCAAAGAUUUGAGAGGUGGGCCAUCCAUUAUCAAACCAGGACAUUCCAGAUCAUGUCAUUCAGACUUCAAGAAGUAGUUUAAUCUUUACUGUUGCUUUAGAAAGGAAAUUGAAAAGACAUGGUGCUGAAACACAAGAGAUCAUUAAUCUUUUCAAACUGAUAAACAUUUAAUUAUUAAAGAAUAAUUCCCACAAUAAUUCCAAUCCUAUGUACAGCUGUGGCUGUAUGAUAUUCAUGCUCUGGCAAACAGCAUUAAUUUUGGUAAUUGUAUGUCUAGCAUUUUAAAGUACUUGAAACCAUUAUUCUGGUGGUGUGAUAUGUGAAGACAUUCCCCAGUAUCCAAAACAUUCUCCCCCCAUAUUUACUCACUAUGCCUCUUUCACUCCUAGCGCUGUAUAUGAAAACUGUGAAACUGUUGCCCAUCUUGUCAUUGUAUAUUUGGCUUAUACAUACUAUGAUCUACUUUCAGGAACUAACAAUUUUUUGUAUCCACUUGCAAUUUAGAAGGUGUUGAAGUGUCAAUUUUGAAUCUCAGGGUUUAUCUACAUGGCUACUUAGUGUACAGUAAGAUGGGGUGGGAAUGUACAGAACGCUACCCUGUGUGCUAAUUGGCCUUGUGGAUCUUGCUACUGCACACUAAAAGUUCCGUACUUGUAAUGCACAGUAACAGAGUCCACACAGCCAAUUAAUGCGCAGCAGGCUAGUGCACUCUGCAUUCGGCACCCUGGCUUGCUGCUAAGUAGCUGUGUAGACAAGUCUAUAUUAGAUGUGUGUGGGGAUGGGAUAGGAAAGGAAAAUUCUCCCAUAAAGGACAGGUGGCUGAUUAACAAUGUAAGUGGAUUAAUAAUUCAUAACUUUUUCUUGUAGAAAGGAAAUUAGAUAUAUAGCCUAAAUUGUGUUCACUGUAGCUGAAAUAACCUGUUCCUCUUAUGAGGAAAAGGUGAAACUAAAGCCUGUUAAUUAAAACUUUUGUCAUUCUCCUAAGAUGCAAGCGUUUGUCCACAAAGAGGAUAUUUGUAUGAUUUUAUGGGUAUAUGUAUAUUUAUAGAUUGUGAAUUGUAAAUGUAUGUAGUAGUGAAUGUCUCAAUUUUUUCUUUAUAAAUGUGCACUUUUGGUGAUGCUACAGGCCAAGUCAUAUCUGACCCAAUUGACAAGGAAAAAGUUUAAUUAUGGCAAAACGUUUAAUGUAAAUUUAGAAAGAUACAGAUUCAGUCUUUCCCUGCAUAAGCUGAAUAGCUGAAUAUUACAGAGAGUACUUGGUUUAGUUCUUAAAUUAAAGAGAUUAAAAAUUGGGAAUCUCAGUCUUCUCAUGGAUUCCAAGAGCGGAAGGGGCCAUUGUGAUCAUCUAGUCUGACCUCUUGUAGGCCAUAGAACUUCUCCAAAAUAAUUCCUGGA